AUGUCUUCACAGAUGCACAUCAGAAUCCCUCAAGAAUCUACGGCGGUGAAAGGCUACCUAAUCAACCCCGUCAACUUUGGUCCCGCACAGAUCCGUCAAUUCAUGGCACCCCCGGUUCCUGGGCUGGAAACGUUCAAAAUAUUUCCAUCGCACUCCUUUUACAUCGAGCAUCCGUCCGGUAAAAGGCUCGUGUUCGAUCUCGGAAUUCGCAAGGACUACCCAAAUUACUCAAAAAGCAUCGUUGAUUAUCUCCCCACGACGAAGUACGACAUUCAAGUCUCAAAGAUUGUUGUAGAGAUUUUAGAAGACCAUGGGGUGUCGCCUGAAACCAUUGAGGCUAUCGUUUGGAGCCCCUGGCACUGGGACCACAUCGGUGAUCCAUCCUCAUUUCCUUAUAGGGUCGGCUAUCCUGCCAACCUAAUAUCACCGAUUCGAGAAAGUGACUAUGCGAACCGGGAACUUCGAGAAAUCAGAUUUGAGACCGAUCUCAAAAUUGGACAAUUUCCAGCAUUCGACUAUUUCGGAGAUGGGAGCUUCUAUUUACUAGAUAGCCCUGGACAUGCCAUUGGUCAUCUGUGCGGAUUAGCCGGAACAACUACAGAUGGAAAGUCAUUCAUCCUGCUUGGCGGCGACAUAUGCCAUCACGCAGGCAUUUUCAGGCCUUCACAAUAUCUACCCGUACCGAAGUCCAUCAGCCCGCAUCCUUGCAAUUCGCAAGGUGAGUCACCAAUCUGCCAGGGAACUGUGUUUGAAGAGUUACAGAAGUCUCGCGGUAGAUCUUCGAUAGACAAUUUGUACGACAUGACUUUCGGGCAUGAUAUCUCGCUUGCAAGAAAUACAGAAACAUGGUUGCAGGAGCUUGAUGUUGAUGAGCGAAUCUUUGUGAUCAUUUCACACGAUUCAACCGUCAGAGAUGGUGUCGACCACUUCCCUCGGUCACUGAACGAUUGAAAAGUCAAGGGAUGGGGACGAUCUCUGAAAUCGACUUUCCUCAGAGAUCUCGAGCCUUGUUGGAUGGGGAAAGGCCACAAUUAGCUGAAGCGGUGUGUCGGCAAAUACGAACAUAGGUUGUGCACACAUUGAU